AUGAAAAUUCUAACUCUUAACUUUUUGCAAUGCGCUGUAAAAGCUUGUAAAGCUAGCAGUGCAUCUUUUCCUCUUCACCCAAAAGACUGCGAGCUCGUUUCAGACACUAUUGCUCCUAAUUUAACGCUUCUUAAGAAUCUACUACCACGUAUUGAAUGGAAGGCAUUGGGAGUUACAACAGACGAACUUGGAUUUGCAAUGAAACUUCCAACCGAUCCUCCAACUGCCAUUACCUUAGAGGCUGAUGAGCAGUUACAGCGGGACCUGCACACCCUCCUGAUCGAGACACAGAUUAAUGAGGGUUCUCUGAUCUGUGGUAACUGCGGGCACGAAUACAAAAUUCGUGAAGGCAUCGCGAACUUCCUUUUACCAAACCACCUUGUAUAA